GCAAUUUUCCAAACAAAAGUCCAAAUUCGAAAAGCAAGAAACUCAAAGUGGAAAAGUUUGUCAUCAUUAAUUACAGCUUGCAAAACCCAGAAAUUGAAGCCCAGAAGAGAUAUAUAUAGUCAACAACAAUGGCAAGAACACCCUGCUGCGAUAAAGAUGGCCUCAAGAGAGGUCCUUGGACUUCUGAAGAAGACCAGAAGCUCAUUGAUUACAUCUCCAAACAUGGCUAUGGCAACUGGCGCACUCUUCCCGCCAAUGCUGGAUUGCAGAGGUGUGGAAAGAGUUGCAGGCUAAGGUGGACGAAUUACCUUCGUCCCGACAUCAAAAGAGGCAAAUUCUCAUUCGAGGAGGAGCAGACAAUUAUCCACCUCCACAGUAUCUUAGGAAACAAGUGGUCGGCGAUUGCGGCGAGGUUGCCGGGGAGGACCGACAACGAGAUCAAGAACUACUGGAACACGCACAUAAGGAAGAGGCUUCUGAGAAUGGGGAUCGACCCGGUGACCCACGCGCCGCGCCUCGAUCUUCUAGAUCUUUCCACGCUCUUCCAGGCGCCGCCGGCGUCCUUCCCGUCCUCCUACUACGAGCCCUCCGGCGGAUUGGACCUCCUACGAAUCAUGUCCCAGCAACAGUGGGCCGACCCCGCCGCCGCCGGGCCCAUCCAACCGGACAACCUCUGUUUCCAGAGUUCCGGCGUGCAAGAGCAAAUCCCGGCCCAAGAUUAUUACAUCAACGGCGAGGCCCAGAUUCUGCCGGAGCCCAGUACCGGAGACUUCGGGUUGCCGGACUGCACGGCCGACGAGUACUACUCUCUGCUGCAGAACCUCGGCGGGUGCUACGAGCCGCUGGACGGAGCUCAGCCGUUGAUGGUGAUGGAUCCUGCGCCGUUGGAUGGGAGUCAGGAUUUCGCCGGGUUCCGGCAAGUUUGGUCAACGCCGUGUUCGAGUCAGGUCAACAGCAGCAGCACCAUAACCACGGCGGAGGACGAGAGGGAGAUUAGCUACUGCAGCGAUCUGUUGAACUUCGAUGUUUCUGACGUUUUUGAUGUUAAUACUUUCAUGUAAAUUUUUUUUAAUUUUAAGCUUUCCAAUUUAUUUACUUCAAAGUAAUUAAUUAGUACCAAUACAUGUUUAUCCAAAAAAAAGUAGCAAUAUACAGAGCAUGAGUAUUAGCUUUGUGAAAUUUGCACUCAAUAGGAUUAAAACAUAAGUUAUUUUUCAAUGUAGGAUUUAAACUUUUUUAUUCCUUAAAUAUGACUUAAUAAAGACUAGUCAAAAGA